CGACGGUACGGCGGCGCCGAGGGAAUACGGAGGGGGGAGAUCUGUGAUCGGGUGGUUGCCGGAGCAGCUGGACACGGCGGAGGAUUCGCUUAAAAGGGCGACUCUGAUUUUCAAGCGGAACGCUGAACGUGGCGACCCUGAGUCGUUUCCCCAUUCCAGAGUCCUUAGGGAAAUGAGAGGCGAGUGGUUUUAACUUCGUUGUUCAACGUUGAAUCCCCAAGAAAACGUUUGUUUCCUUUUCGACGAAGAAAUCUCCAUAGAAUCGGAUGUGUUUGGUUGGUGGAUCACAGCUUCAAGCGGUCCAAAAGGGCUUUUUUUUUUACAGAACUUUGUUCUUCCCCAAGAUUCGUCUUCCACUUUGUUCUUCGUCUCUACGCCAAGCUGUGUUUUUGUUAAAAAAAAAAAAAGUUUCAGAGUAUCACAUUCCAAAGUUGCAAUGAGGUCCUUGUGUGUGAUUUUGAUUCUUCAAACAAGAAAGAGAAUGCUAAAAAGCCACCCUCUUUAUCGUCCUUUCUUCACCAUUAUAACUAUCAAGCCUCUGUGUUCUUCUUCGCCUGUUACUCUCCUCUGAACCGAGAAAAGAUGAUUUUCUCGAGGACCCAUUUCCUCUGUCUCUUCACUUUGCUGCUUCUAACGGUGAAAUCCCAUUUCUUGUUUGUCGCCUCAACAUCGGAGAAACCUCAGAUCGAAUGCACAAUGUGCAUUGAAUGUGAGAACCCAUGUCAGCCACUUCCUCCGCCUCCGCCUCCGCCUCCGGAGAUUCUCUGCCCUCCACCGCCACCACCGCCUCCGCCGCCGGAGAUACUCUGUCCUCCACCACAACCUCCUCCUCCUCCACCGGAGAUUCUCUGCCCUCCUCCUCCGUCUCCACCGCCGCCGGACCCACCAUGCGACCAUUGCUCAUUGCCGCUUCCUCCGCCGUCCCAGCCGACGUGUAACGAAUGCGUGACCGCGCCCAAGCCCACGAAGCAUCCCCCUCGACCGCCUGCGCCACCGUUCAUCAUCAUCGCUGCCUCGUCCUUCUCGAUUUCUGGGUCCGCCAUUUCUGUGAACCUCACCUUUGCCGUUCUUGCUUACGUUGUUGCUAUGCUUCUUUAAUCUCUCGCGGGUAAACCGAUGGUUUCAGUCUUUUUAACUCUGCAUUAUUUCUUAGAACUGUUGGUAAGAAAUCUGAUUUGUGGUCACACAAAGAACCCAAGGACUUUGAUGUAACAUUUAUAUUUUCCAUGUGAUUUUUCGAGAACAGCCGAAUAAAGGUCUAAUAAUAUAUG